GCAACUCUCGGCGACAACACCGAUACUUCCGUCUGUUUACCAUGUAGGUGGUGGAACAACACUUUUACCUGUAAGGAAGUGACGCUCCGUUCAAGCUCCGAUAUGUACUGCAGCUUCCUAACCCGUGACCGCUGCGCCGAUUGCCUGUUCGCCAGAAUUCUGCAACCAGGCAGGGAAUUCAAUUCAAUUCAAUUCAAUUCAAUAGUAGAAACAGAA